ACACAAAAAAGAAGUAACGAGAAAGCUUUGAAAAAAGCAGAAGAAAACGUUGUUCGUUUGUUUUUCUUCUUCUUCUUCUCUUCUGUUCGAUUAUGGAGGAAGAAAGCACUUCAGUGGAAUCCAACACUGCAAACGAGCGCAUAAAGCUCAACGUUGGUGGUAAGUACUUCGAGACAACGCUAUCCACGCUCCGCUCCGGCGGCCCCGACUCUCUCCUCUUCGCCCUCUCGAACCGGCGCUCGGCCGACCCGAACCCGGUUUUCAUCGACCGUGACCCGGAGAUAUUCUCCGUCCUCCUUUCGCUCCUCCGCACCUCUCACCUUCCCUCCACUGCGCGCCGCUUCUCCAAACAAGAGCUCGCCGACGAGGCUCUCUUCUAUGGCAUCGACGCGCACCUACGUGCCGCCACCGCGCCGCCUCCGUUCUCCGGUAUCGACGCCGCCCUCGCUGCCUCAAUCCGCCCAGCCUCAGAGGGCCUCCCCUCCUCCUUCGCAGCCGCUGAUUCCGGCGCUGUCUGGAUUGCCCACGGUGGCCAGAUCUCCGGCUACGACUCAACCCUCACUCACUCCGGCACUGUCCGAACUCACCUCGACGAAAUCGACUCCAUCUGCCGCGUCUGGCCCGAGAUUGCCGCUAUUGGGUCCAUGUCCGACCCCGGCCUCCACUUCUACAACUUCUCCGGCAGCCGCCACGUCGGAUCGGUCCACUGGACAGAUCCUCUCGAUCCACGAAUCUUCAAGGCGCAUGUCAACGCGAUAACCGCUUCAGAGAACUCCGUUUUCGCUUCAUUCGAUUGUCCUCACAGAGAGAAUUGCAUCCUCGAAGUGGAUAAGACGAAUCUGCGGACUGUGAAUCAGUUUGCUCGGCAGUCUGGGAACCAGGCAAAGAAUAUGGUUCCCGCGAAGCUGACGUGGAUUCCCGCGACAGGAGUUCUCUUCAGUAGCGCGGUGACCGGUGGUGCUUUUGGUUUCUCGGGCUAUGUCCGAUUGUGGGACCCGAGGUCCGGGGAGGUGGUUUGGGAGACGAACGAGCCUGGUGGUUCGGGACGGAGCAGCCGAUUCGGGGAUUCGUUUGCUGACGUGGAGGCUGACGUUGAGGGAUUGUUGCUGUUCAAGUUGUGUUCUAAGUCGGGGGAUUUGGCUAUGGCGGAUAUGCGGUUUUUGAAGGAUGAUCCUUGGAUUUAUUUGAAAGAGAAGAACGCUAGUUUGGUGAGUUGUGGUGAAGUGAGGAAUAGUGUGGUACAUUGUUACAGGAGGCAAGUGUUUGUGUCCAGAGAAGGUGGGUUGGAGGUUUGGUCAAGGGUUGAACAAAGGGAAAAUGUUGUAAGAAGUGAGAAUGAGAGUGAUGCUGAAGGGUUUUAUAGGAGAAAUUUUGUGGAUAAAAGAGAGGAUUCAGAUAGAGGGAUUAUUAAGAAGAUUGAAGGUGGUGGGGAUAGGUUGUUUGUUAGCAGAGAAGAUGUUGAGGGGAUUGAAGUUUGGGAGAGCUCUCGUUUCUCUGGAGCCAUUUCUGUUUUGUGAUCAGGGAUAGACAGUUUCUUACUUAGAAUCUGCUGUUCGGCUUUAGGGUGGGAUGUCUGCAUAGGAAAUCACUUUUAUCUUUCAUUACCACUCACUCAUUUUUUGUUAAUUAACCCAUUGCUUAUUUCUAUUUAUAUAUCCUAUAUUCUUUUUAUUUUCUUUCUCAAGCGAUUGUUUAUUGAUAUGAUCAGGAUACAAGGACAAAACAUAUUUAUGUGCUCUUAUUUUAUGUUUUGCUAUGUCUGGAGUCUGACUCACUAGCUGUGCAAUGCACAUAUUGAUACCGUCAGGACAGUUUAGAUACCUAUUGCAAUUAAUGAGCCCAUAAGAUCAGUAUACUCAGUUAGUAACUAAGAAGGUCAUGAUUGUUGUAUAAAACACGAAAUAAACAAUUGAAAACAAUGGAAUGAUCAUUGAGUUUGCUUCAAAUGUGAAGCACUAAACUGUCAUCGAGUAAUAAAGUCAAUGGUUAUAUGUUUGAUAGAUUAAUACAUUUAUUAUUCUACCUCAUUUUAUUGUGAGAUGAAUAAAUUAGCUAAACAAUUCUCAUGUUUGUUUUAUGGAUGAAAAAAAAAAUGAAUUGAAAAAGAUAAGAUAAUCAUCAACUUGUCUUUAGUCUAGAGGCUCCAUUAACAAAGAGAUCAAAACUCCACUCUUUUUCUUUACUUCAUGAUUUGUUAUGGUUCUUCCAUUGCAAACCCAACUCAUCAAAAGUUCAAAAUUCUUUGAAAUUUCCACUACUCAGCCUGCAACUAUGAUCUGCCCUAUCUUUCUCUUAUUCGAAUUUUUUUUCUUUGCAUUUGGGUUGCCCUUUUCAACCCAGUCUGUAAGCUUUGCUAAAUCUUUGGUGUGAUUUACCAGCUUCAUUUGUUCCCUUAGGUAGGAAGUCUGUUGUCUGUUGCUAUAACCCAAACUAUCUUAUCCUUGGGGUGAGUUUUACUGAUAGGUACUUGCUGGAGCAACAAGGUUAUCUUUAAGGCAGUGAAUCCUUCCAACACAUGCUUCCUGAGUUGCAUGUGAAAUCAAUUUGUUUUCUCGUAAUAUCUGAAUGAGCUAACUAUUUCUGGUAUUUGUUUUUGAAGUUUUUGUGGAUUUUGGCUGACAUGGAAAUAUACCCUAGUGUGUAUGAUAUGCCAGAGAUCCCGUUGUAACCUGUAUUUCUUCACUGUGUUGAUUCCUGAGAGAAAAAAUGAGUCAUGACAUUGUAUGUUCUUGUUUUCCAUAAGGCAGGGG